AUGGCACUUAUCCUGCCUUUGCCACCUCCCCAUAUCUUUGAUUUGCCUAUAGGUCACUAUCGCAUCUCAUACGACGUCUCGUUCCACGAUACUGAGGACGAUCUUCCCAAUGGGUGGCAUCCCCAAGGGGGCACAUACAGACGCAUCAUCCGCCGCUUGCGCGAAGCUGGCUUCACUCGUCAUCAGUCCGGCGACUAUUCUCGAAUAAACUCGCACCCAAUAAGAGUCUGGAUGGACAUGCAAACAUUGUUUUGCAUAUCACCACCAAGCAAGUUUCAAUCGAUGCUGCUUAACCUCAAGGCGUAUCGCAUUCAAACACUUGAGGUGGACGUCACCGAUUACCUGCGCCUUGGAGGAACGUUUUCUACCACAGUUACUGGGCCAAUUCCAGCAGGACUCGUUGCCCGGGUGCCGCCUGGUGUCUUACACCCUCCCCCAGUUGUUCCCGGUCCAGACUUUGUCAGGCCGGUUGACACUAGGCCGUCUGCCAUGGCGGAUGACCGAAAUAACUAUAGGAUGUAG